AUGGCGGAAGGCGAUAAUGUAUCAGCAUACAGUAUGGAAGGAGGCCAAGACACGGUUGGUUUGCCGCGAAUUGUAAUGGUUACUGAAGGUUCAGAUACAUCAGCUUCAUCACCAUCUUCAACAACAUCUUCUGAAGACAACUGGGCGGAUUUAAUCAAGUCCUCGGAAAUACCACCAGAAUACUGGCACAUCCAAAAACUUGUGAAAUAUAUGAAGGCUGGAAAUCAAACGGCUACGAUGGUUGCUCUCUCUUGCUUAAAAGAUCACGAUUUAACAAUAGAAGUUAACCAAAGAGCAAUUCAGGAGAUCGGAGGACUUGAACUUUUAGUUAAUUUACUGGAAACCAGAGAUCUUUGUUGUAUUCUGGGCAGUUUGGCGGUUCUUAAAGAUAUAACGCCAAACAUUGAAAUAAGAAAAAAGGUGACUGAUUUAGGUGCUAUACCCUUGCUUGUCGGCCUACUGUCAGAUCCCGCUAAAGAUGUGCAAAUAUUAGCAGCUGAAACUAUAGCAAAUUUAGGCAGAAUUCGCAAAAGUAGAAAAUUCUGCAGAAAGUUUGGUGGAAUACCGAAAUUAAUUGAUUUGUUAGAUGUCAAAGAGAGAUAUCUGCUAACGCCGCGAGAAGAAUUAAGCCAAGACGAAACGCAGUUCCUUGAUAUUGCACGUGCUGGUGCUAAGGCUUUGUGGUCAAUGUCUUCAUCACAAAGAAAUCGAGAGGCUAUGAGGAAAUUUGGUAUGAUACCUUUAAUGGCUCGUUUGCUUAAGACGGUGCAUCUUGAUGUUGCUGUGCCUGCAGUCGGCUUACUGCAGAUGUGCGCUAAUGAAACAUCUUUCCAGUUGGCCAUACAAACCGAAAAGAUGGUUGACAAUUUAAUCAAACAUUUGGCAAAUGAGGAUAAAGAUUUAAAGACUUAUUGCAGUUUAGCGAUAUACAAAUGUGCUAGCGAUGCUAUUACAAGGGAUAUGAUACGAGAAGCUGGAGGUUUGGAACUCCUGGUAGAGGCGGCACAAGAUAGCACUAAUAGAACGAAUAAGCCUUUAAUGGCUGCCGUAACAGGAGCUCUUUGGAAAUGUGCCAAUAGCGACGCCAGUGUUAAGAAGUUGGAUCAACUUGGAGCAGUUCCGAUAUUGGUACGGUUGCUUGAUGAUGAAAAUGAUGGGGUGCUGACUAACGUUGCUGGAGCAUUGGCUGAAUGUGCUAAAUUUCCACCUAAUAGAGAAAAAAUACGCGCCGCAGGCGGCAUACCAUUACUAAUACACCACUUAAACAACACCCAUAAACCGUUAUUGGAAAACGUGCCUCUAGUACUAAUGGAAUGCGCUAAAGAACAAAAUUGCAUGACGGAAAUAGACGAACUGGACGGAGUCAGAUUAAUCUGGUCUUUACUGAAAAACGACUCAAAGAAGGUGCAAACUAACGCGACAUUAGCUUUAAGUCCAUGCGUACAAAAUGCCACGGACUCUGGUGAGAUGGUGCGGUCGUUUGUCGGUGCUUUGGAGUUGACUGUGGAUUUGUUGGACUCUGACGACCACAAUGUUUUGUCGGCGGUGUGCGCAGCGAUCGCCACAAUAGCCAGGGACCAUGAGAAUUUGGCCGUCAUUUCUGAUCACGGUGUUGUGGCUAAGCUCUCUAAAUUGGUUAGUACCACCGAUGAUCAUCUGCGGGCGAAUCUGGGUGUAGCCAUUGCGUAUUGUUGCGAUUGGGCCCAGAACCGACAGGAGUUUGGGAAGCGCGGCGCCAUCACACCUUUGGUCAACUACAUGACGUCACGCGACCCUAAUGUCCACAGAGCUACGGCUCUAGCCCUCUACCAUCUGUCCUUUUACUCAAUUAAUUGUGUCACCAUGCACGCUGCUGGCGUAGUACAAUUCCUUCUAGAAACAAUCGGUUCGAAAGAUCCGAUCCUGCAGGAAGCAUCAGCUGGCUGUCUAUGCAAUAUUCGCAAACUUGCACUGGCUACUGAAAAAAUCAAAUUAAAACAAUAA